UAAGAAAUUUCUCCUGAUUUGUGUCUACAAUUGCCCUAAUUAAUCUUUUCAUAUCUUCUCCAAGAUCAAUUUCAAAAACCCUACAAUUACUUCAACCUCCACAGCAUUAUCCCUGUUUCACAUUCAAUUUCUUGUUUCGUUGUUGCUCGAACAACUAAUUAUUGUAUCGGGAUUGAAGGUUUUGGUGGUAAUUUGAAUGCUGAUUAAGGGUUUUCCCAGAAGAGACCCGGAAGAGAAUCAAAUUGGAGUUCUGUUUUGUCCCUGGAAAAGUUUGCUGAUGAGUCAAUUACUUCUGUAAGUGUUCACUUUUCCGGUUCGUAGUUGUUAAUUCUAUUACUGUGAUAUGGAUGGUGAUUCUGGUACUUCAAAUGUUUGUCGAUCUGAGAAAAGAAAGAUAACUGAGGAGCAUAAGAAGUAUAAGAAACUAAAGACAAAGGAUGAGUACAAGAAUAGGGAGGGUUUUUGAAAUUGAAAAACUUAUCUGGAAAAGAAUACAGGAAUGAAUUCAGAAUUUCAAAGGAAACUUUUGAAUUUGUUUGUCAAUUGUUAGAGGGUAACUAUAAGAUAAAAAAUCCCAAUUACCCUUUGGAUGAAAGAGUAGCAAUUGCAUUAUGGAGAUUGGCCAAUGGAGCAAAGAUGAUAGAAGGUAUGAGAAAGUUUGGUCUACCUCCCCAAACUUUUCAAAAAUACUGUUUGGAGGUGUACCAGGCAAUUGAGGACGUAUUGAAAGAAAAUUACCUUGAAUGGCCUGAAACUGAAGAUCGUGCUAGAAUUAAGAAUGAGUUUCAAGAAGCUUCUGGCAUACCCAACAUCGUAGGAACUCUGUACACCACUUACCUCCGAUUAAAUCCGAAAAAAAAAGACAAACGUUAUGAUCAGUUAAUCAACAAAUGUUUUGGAUGUGAUUUACAUACUCUCCCUGUUCAAGGGCUGGUUGAUUCAAAAGGAAUAUUUAUAGAUGUAUACUGUCAUCAUGAGGUUGGUGGAAUGAAGACUGACGAGGAGGUUCUGUGGAUGUCUAAUAUCUCUAUGAAAAUUGGUUUAGGAGAAAUUAUUGCUGGAGGACAAAGAUAUCCUCUACAGGAUUGGCUUAUGGUGCCUUAUCCGAGAUCAAACUUGACUAGCGAAGAGUAUCUGAUGUUUAAUGGAAGAAUUCUGAAAGUCCAGCAGAUUGUCCGGGAAGCAUUUGAAGAACUUGUAGGGAGGUGGUCUUUCUUGAAGAAAGAAAUAGAAGUUGAUCUCACAAAUAUACCAACAAUUGUACGUGUAUGCUGUAUCUUGCAUAAUAUCUGCAAGGUAAGAAAAGAUGAACUUCAUGUGAAGUUCUCAACAAAUAUUGGUAACUGUGCUACUCCUGUAGUUGGUAACCCGCCUCCAAGUGCAAUAAGUGCCAGAGAUAGCAUUGCAAAGAGUCUUGUAGAAUCAUGGGCAGACAAUUUGUUCGUUAGUUGAUAUUUGUUGUUUUCUUUCUCUUCGAAAUGGCUGACACCUUCACUUUACUUAUAGUCGUAAGUUUACCCACUGUUAGUCAUUAACUGUAGUUGCUUCUUGGAGUUCUUUCUCUUGAGGGCUAGCGGUGUAGUCACUGCAAAAGAUUAGGCAGACUAAUUAAUCAGGGGUUGGAAACGUGAAAUUGUGUAAUAAUGUUGCUUUUCUUUGGAUGAUCGGAACAUAAUUAAUUAUAAAGUGGUUUAGUAUUGGGUAGUUAGUAUUGGUAGUUAUUAAGUCCGCUUUGUAUAUCAUAGUGUAACAAUGAUUACUUAAUUAUGAAUUUAUGGUGUUUUUUUGUA